CAUUCUCUUACCAGUGCCAACGAACUACUGCUCCUCCUUCCUCACCGAAUCAUUAACUUCCAUUUUUAUCCAUCUUUUUUUCCUCACACCCAGUACUGAUCUAGCUACUACUUCAUUCGUACCCACAAAGACAUGAAAUAUAUUAUAGUCUAAAACUCGAUAUUCCACUUUUAUUCAACUUCUUAAAUACCUUCCCAUUUGCAGUAAGAAAAACAUUCAUGUCAAUGGAAGAUAUUGAAAUUCCUCAGUACUUCAUCUGUCCUAUUUCUCUCCAGAUCAUGAAAGACCCGGUGACCGCGAUAACCGGCAUAACCUACGACCGGGAGAGCAUCGAGCACUGGGUAUUCCAAGCCAACAACACCACUUGUCCGGUCACCAAACAGCCGCUGACCCCGACGUACUCCGACCUCACCCCGAACCACACCCUCCGCCGCCUGAUCCAAUCAUGGUGCACCCAAAACGCCGUCGACCGCAUCCCCACCCCGAAGCCGCCUCUCGACAAGCCCAGCGUCGUCGGCCUCCUGAACGACCUCCGGUGUCCGAAGCUGCAGAUGAAAACGCUGAGAAAGCUGGAGUUUUUCGCGGUGGAGCACGAGAGGAACCGGAAAUGCAUGGUCGAGGCGGGCGUUGGCAGGGCCAUGGCGUCGUAUAUCGUGAGCUGCUACGAGAGGAAAGAGACGGCGGGGAUCGAAGAAGCGCUGAGCGUUUUCAAUUUGGUUCGGAGCACGUCUUCGGAAGUGAGGGUGCUGGUUAGUGCGAACGAUGAUCGGAUUAUCGAGGCGUUGGUGUGGGUUUUAGGGUUGGAUGUUGAUAAUUGCGUGACCUUCAAAAGCCAUGCGGUUAUGGUGCUGAAAACCAUAAUUGGAAAGGCGAGUUCAAGUGUUGUUGAGAGGCUCAAGCCCGGGUUCUUCGAUAGGAUUGUUGGUGUUUUAAAACAAGGGAUCACUCAACAAGGGAAAAAUGCAGCCUUGCAAAUCAUGCUAGACACUUCUCCAUGGGGAAGAAACAAGAUAAUGCUGGUCGAAUCCGGGGCAGUUUUCGAGCUCAUCGAGCUGGAGUUAAGUUUUCCAGAAAGGAGAACAAGUGAAUUAGUUCUUGGAAUUCUAUUCCACUUGUGUUCUUGUGCUGACGGGAGGGAGAAACUCACGAGCCACGCGGCUGGAAUCGCGGUGGUCACGAAGCGGCUUCUGAAUGUUUCUCCGACGGCCGACGACAGAGCCAUGUUGAUUCUCUCGCUGAUAUGUAGAUUUUCCGGGUCGUAUUCAGUUUUUCAGGAGAUGUUGAAGGUUGGGACAUUUUCAAAGUUGUGUUUAGUUCUUCAAGGUGAUUGUGCCUGUUACCUGAAAGACAAGGCCAAGGAAAUCCUUAGGGCACACUGUGAUGUAUUGAAGGAUUCUCGUUGCAUUGAUAUUACAGCUCUAUAACCCUGAGGGAUGGUGCAGUUGCAUUGAUGUUACAACUCUAUAACCCCGAAGGAUUCCACUUUUUGAUGUCCCCGAUUCGUCUCUCCUGUACUGCGAAAAAACUUUGGAGGCCACCCAUGCUUAAAAACUCUUUGGUGUUAGCAAAGGCUGGUAGAAGCUGUAGAGCUUUAGUCCCGUGGUGCGCACAAGAUGGUCUGGGGACACUUUGUGUUACAAAAAAAAAAUCUAUAAUAAUUUGAUUUUCAGAAACUAAAUACUUACACCUAGAAAAAGUAUAUUUCAUAAAGAGCAUAGCUAGAAGAUGAUUUAUGCUCGAAGAUGAUGGGUAUGGACUAAAUUCAUAUUCUUGGUGCAUCAUGCUUGAAUUUGAGCCAUACUUUUCAGGAAACUAUUUCAAUACAUGCCUUCUACUUUUGAGAA